UACCCAUCCAAUGGUCCACCCAUUCCAUUCCAAGCAAGCGGUCGAUCGGAAAUACUUGGGCUCCAUGCCUCCAAGCAAGCGUCUCCAGAUCACCUGCCCCGCGUGGUUGGUUGGUUCUCAUCGUCGCGGUUUUGUUUCUUUCUUGGUUGUGACAGGUGGGAGAGGAGGCGCCAGACGCGAGAGGCUUCCCGAGGUCUCCGCCGGGCGCCGGCACAAGUCCACCCACCGGCACUUUGACUGGGAGUUGGAGAUUCUUGCGUGGAACUGGCAGGGAUCUGCUGCCCAUCCAUAUAUUAGGCUGCAACAGUUCAGUAGGCGGAGGAAGGCGCAUCACACGAACAAGGUGGAAGGAACCGGACGGAGCUUGGACAAGGACAAGGCGACCGGGCAAGGGGAGUGGUGGACUGGUGGUUAUCGGUUUCUCCGUUAACCACUCUGUCCGAUCCGCCGGUGUGUCCGAAGUCCGACCGAUCCUCCCGUGCGCGACCCUGUCGACGAAUCAAUCGCUGGGACGAUUAGUUAAGCAUUCCAAUCCUCAGCCAUGGCCGUGGACACUACCCAACCGGAGUACUGGCUCAACUGGAGGUUCUUGCUGUGUGCGCUCUGGGUCUACUCCUGCAUGGCCUUGGCGUUCUUCUUGAUUUGGAAGUAUGAGGGGGCCCGUUCACUGGACAGCAGUGGUGAUAAUGGCGAGGACAGAGAAGAGGCAUUGCCACAGGUCGGGCCUGGUGUUGUUUAUCUUGAAGAUUGCUGGAAGACGUGCAUUGAGGGGAUCCAUCCUGGCUGGCUGUUGGCGUUUCGCCUUGUGGCCUUCUUCGUUUUGGCUUCAUUGCUUGUGGUCGACAUCGUUACUGAUGGAUGGAGUAUCUUCCUAUACUACACACAGUGGACGUUCUUGCUUGUCACCUUGUAUUUUGGGCUUGGAUCAUUGCUUUCGAUUUAUGGAUGCUAUCAGUAUGUUUACAGUACCGGUGGAGAUACAUAUGAUCUGGUAAGAUCUGGUGCAGAUCAUGGCACAUAUAUGACAGCUCCAACAGCAGAAAGUGCAUAUGACCCUACAAUCAAAAUUUCUUAUUACACUAAAGCAAACAAUGGUCGAGCAGGAUUUUGGGGUUAUAUGUUCCAGAUCUUGUUUCAGACAAAUGCAGGUGCUGUGAUGAUUACAGAUUUGGUGUUCUGGUUUAUUUUGUACCCUUUCCUUGCCCACAAUCAGUAUGAGAUGAAUUUUAUUCUGAUUGGGACACAUUCAAUCAAUGUUGUCUUCAUAGUUGGUGAUGCUGCUCUAAACAAACUGCAUUUCCCGUGGUUUAGGAUAGCAUACUUUCUGCUGUGGACAGGCAUUUUUGUUAAUGUUCAGUGGAUCAUCCAUGCUAACGUGUCAACCUGGUGGCCUUACCCAUUUUUAGACUUGGCAUUCCCUGGUGCACCUGUAUGGUACCUGGUGGUGGCAGUGCUGCACUUCCCAUGCUACGCUCUAUUCACCCUGGUGCUGAGGCUCAAGCAUAUGUUGUUGGAAAGUUGGUUCCCUCAAACUUAUGUGAAGUAAUCAAGGAGGACAGUAUUCGUUAUCAAAAAGAAAGAAAAAAGGAGGACAGUAGUCGUAGUUGGUUGUCCUUAUACGUUACCUUCAGCAAGAUUAAGCGGAGAUUCUGCAAACUGUCUGCACACCCGAAAUCACAUUGUUCAGAAAUAGAUCACACCGGCCUGUCGACAGAUUUCUCUGAAAGUGGGCAUGUAAAUUGACAGAGCAUGUUCCAAAAAUUUUGAGAUCAGCAGCUUAUUUCAACCAGCUGCUGUCACCAGGCAUUGCAACCAUAUGUUUAUCCCCAA